AUGGAAGGAGGUGAUUUAAAUACUACCAAUCAGCAAAAUCAGGAACUUAAUAGUCCUGAAAAUCUUUUAAGAUAAAUUCCUCAAUAUCAACCAUAGAUAUUAUAGUAGCAAUAAUAACUUUAAGAUAAUGCACUUAAUCCUGAGCAAUACCAGCUAUAAGCUUAAAACUAUAGCUAAGCCUAUUAGACUAAUAUGGCACCGAAUUAGAAUUAUACGACCUCCUUGAAUCAGUAUCAAACUAAUUAAUCUGCUGGUCAAUAGUUAUAGUAAUAGCAGUAGCAAUAGUAAUAACUACAGCAAGAUGAACAUUUAAGUGAUUUUUCUGAUUUUUCAGAUAAUUCUGAUGAAGAAGAAGAUAACAAUAGACUUAAUCCUGGAGAUAUUCAAUAAAAUCAAUAGUAGAGUUUACUCAGAAAAAGAAAAAGAAGGGAAAGUGCGGAUAACAAUAAUAUAGACUAGGAUAGAGAUAGGUUAUCAGGCGAGAAUGAAGAAAAUAAGGAUGAUUAGAGUAGGGACUAGGAAGGCUUAAACAAAGACUCUCAUCACCCUACUGAAUAUGAUGAUGACGGAGUAGAUCUUGAUCUUUUUGAAGGUGGACUAAAGACUGCUAAAUUUAUCAUGAAAAAUGGAUGCUGCCGUGAAUGCAUGAAAGCAUUCUCAAAAACAGGAAAAGUAUAUUAUUAGCUAUUUAACAUAUAUUUAGUCAUGUUUGUGCUAAGUUCCAAGACUCUAAAGAAGAGCAACUUUACCUGUAAACGGAUAAGAGACAAAAGAUAGGAAAUUAAAAAUAAGUUAAAAAAAGAAGGUAAAUACUAUUCAAAAAGAUAGAGACUCCUAGACUCGGAUGACGAAGAACUACAAUUAGGAAAUGAAUAUGAUGAAUGGAAUAAGUCUAGAAAAGAAUUUUGCAACAUCAUUUAGAACAUAACUCAUCUCAAUAUGUAUCUACUUGGAGUAGGAGUUCCAAUGAGACAACCUAGUUAUAUUCUUGGAAGACCUCCUGAAUUUGUUGCUAAAACUUAGGGCGGUGAGCCAGUUCAACAAGAUAGAAGAGGAAGGAGAGAAAGUGACUCUUGA